UUCAAUUGGCGGACCGGCCAUACAAAAGAGUAGCAGCCGAGAGAGCCCCAGAUACACAGUACACUAAUAAAAGCACUCGCUCAGUACGGACUCCUUCCUCUCCCCAAAGAUUGAGAAUGCCAAUUAUCGACACUUCCAAAGACCUCUCCGCCCUCUUCAGUCAGCAAGUCCGCGCUACUCCCGAUGCCGUUGCCCUAGAGGAUGACACGGUGACCUACACCUAUGCCGAACUUGAGGAGCGAGUCGCUACCCUAGCCCACCAACUCCGGCGCCAUGGGGUAGGCCGCGACAGUCUCGUUGGAGUUCUUCUUCCCAGGAGUGCAAACUACGUCAUUGCCUGCCUGGCAGCCUUGCGGGCCGGUGGUGCGUUUUUGGUCCUAGAGCUUGCCUAUCCCCCCGAUCUCUUGGCGGACGUGAUUGAGGAUGCCGCACCAGUGGUUGUUGUCACGGUACGGGCGGAGGUUGGCAAGAUCAAGUCCCAAACUCCGAUUUUUGUCUUAGAUGAACUCGAAAAGAGAGCAUCUGAGAGUGAUGGCGAUCUUCAAGACCAGAACCUUCCUCCGCCACCGGAAGAGACCGACUUGGAGCGCCUCUGCUUCGUGGCUUACUCCUCCGGUACGACUGGAAAACCAAAGGGUAUUGCCAACCCACACAGGGCGGCAGUGCUUUCGUAUGACCUGAGGUUCCAAUUCUCAGAUGUUCAGCCAGGGGAUCGUGUCGCUUGCAAUGUAUUCUUCGUUUGGGAGAUUAUCCGGCCUUUGCUCAGGGGCGCCACUGUCGUUGCAGUGCCAGAUGAUGCUUCCUAUGAUCCGGUCCUGCUGGUGGAUCUGCUCUCGAAGAAGAAUAUUACGGAGACGCUCAUGACGCCCACAUUGCUGGCUGCUGUACUCUCCCGUCACCAGGAACUGGGAUCGCGUCUCCCAAACCUACGCCGGCUUUGGCUCAAUGGCGAGGUCGUCACUACGGACCUGGCCCGACGAGCGCUCAAGGCAUUGCCGAAUACCCGCCUCCUCAAUUGCUACAGUGCGUGUGAGACGCACGAGAUUGCCUGUGGCGAUAUCGGUGAGAUGCUGACGCAGCUCGACAAAGAUGCGGUUUACUGUCCUGUCGGCCCUCCCCUCAUCAACCCCAAAUAUGUAUACAUCCUUGAUGAGAGCGGCAAUCGUGUGGAAGAAGGAGUUAGUGGAGAACUCUUCAUUGGCGGCCCCCUUCUCGCUCGUGGAUAUCUUAACCGGCCAGAAACCACCGCCCAGGCGUUCACGCCUAACCCCUUUGACGCCAAAUCGGGAGCCAGGAUGUACCGGACGGGUGACCGGGCACGACUCCUCCCGUCUGGAUUGCUCGAGAUCACUGGAAGAGUCGGUGCUAUGAUUAAGCUGCGGGGAUACUCGGUUGUUCCUGGAAAAGUGGAAAACGCCAUCGUGGCAAACCUUGCCGUCAGUCACUGCGCCGUUGUUGCCCACGGAGAGGGUCUCGAGAGGCAGCUCGUGGCAUACAUUGUCCGAGACAAGGAAAGUUCGAAAGAACGGCCUCCUGUCGAGAUUGACGAGGCUCUGCAUAGUCCUGCUGCUAGACGCAUCUUGUCGCAGCACUUGGCACCAUAUAUGAUUCCGGCACUGUGGGUUGAACUCGAGGAGCUGCCUACCCACGGUGUAUCUGGCAAAGUCGACCUGAAGCGCCUUCCGGCUCCUGCACGAUCGCAGACACCCGUGAACGGUAUCGUCGAAAGAGACCCUAUCCAGAUCGAAGCCAUCAAGGAGGCUUGGGUGUCCACGCUGAAUAUUUCAGCGAGUGCUGUGGCCCCAGAACAUAACUUCUUCGAUCUCGGCGGGCAUUCCCUCUCUCUGGCGGAUCUGGCUUCUAGACUGUCGAAUACGUUUGGGUUCAGAGUGCCAGUUGCCCGCCUGGCUGAUCCCGCGACCCUCAAUGGUCACCUGGAGACCGUGAGAGCGGUUCGAGAUGGACACACUGCCGCUGUCCAAGCUGAUUUACCCGCCAUCUUGCGCGCAGACUCGGUGCUUGAAGACGAAAUCAAACCCCGCUCGCCCGAUGUGAAGAUGUGUGCCCUCAAGAACGCAAAGACGGUGCUACUCACUGGUGUGACCGGUUUCUUGGGUGCUUUCCUAUUGAGUGAUCUUCUGGAAAGCACUUCGGCCCACAUCAUAUGUCUUGUUCGCUUCAAUGAUCCUUCGCAGGAUGACUUGCCGGGCGGUAUUGCUAGAGUCCGAAGAAAUCUUCUCGAUUUGGGUCUAUGGACAGAUUCGAUCAUGGAGCGUGUGGAGAUCCUACCCGGUAACUUGUCGAGAAAGCGCUUUGGCCUUUCGCCUGAUGCUUUUGAGCAGCUUGCUUCGCGCGUGCAGGUUAUUGUGCAUGCUGCUGCAACUGUCAACUUGGUCUACCCAUAUGCUUCUAUGCGACGCCCUAAUAUUGGAGGAACGAGAGAGGUGCUCCGCCUUGCUAGCAUUGGCGGCGCUACAGUCCAGUACAUCUCCACCAACGGAGUGCUUCCGCCUGCUCCGGGUGAGAAGGGCUGGCCUGAGGAUUCCAUGCUGGAUGUGGAUCAGGUUCCUACCAAGCUACUCGACGGUUACGGCCAGACGAAAUGGGUAGCGGAGCAGCUUGUGCUAGAGGCAUCCCGUCGUGGCCUCCCCGUCCGGAUUCUGCGUGCCGGCACGAUCAGUGGCCACAGUGCCUCCGGCGCUGCUAAUGCAUGGGACCUUCUCACAGCCUUGAUUGUCGAAUCCAUCCACCUUGGCUACUACCCCGAUGUAAAAGGUUGGCGUGCUGAAAUGACCCCUGUGGACUUUGUCAGCAAAGCCAUUGUUCAUCUGGGCAACGAGACCAACGCCAAGCAGCUCGUCUUCCACCUUGGGGACCCUACACCCGUACAAAUGCAAGAAGUGUUCGAAAACCUGUCCCAGUUGGGCUACCCCACGCAGCCGCUGGGCUGGGACGACUGGGUUGCUAUGUGGACCGAGAAGCGCGGUUCCGCAAAGGGAGGCGACGGAGCGUUCACUGUCGAUAUACUUCGAAGCGGUAUGCCCAGUGUUGAGUUUCUGAGGGACAUCGUUGUCUUGGACAACGCGGCGACAAGACCUCUCCGCGCUACCGUUGAGCGUCCCAAGGUUGAUCUGCAGCUCCUUGAGACGUACACCCGUCAUUGGUUUGCGCGAGGUUGGCUCUCGAAGCCGCCGUCGACGGUCAACGCGUAUGGGGGGUCUGCACGUCUUCCUCGCCGGGGUCCGCUUUUUGGUAAAGUUGCCGUCAUCACCGGUGCGUCUUCGGGUAUCGGCGCCGCCGUCGCUACAGCUCUCGCCCGCGAAGGCUGCCAUCUCGCCCUGGGUGCCCGCCGGGUUGACGCGCUUGAAAACGUAAAACGCAGCCUCGUCGUCCGCGAGGGCAAAGUCAUCACCCAGAAAACAGACGUAACCGACUCGCAGCAAGUCGCCGACCUGGUCCGCGUCGCCAGCGAGAAACUAGGCCCCGUGGAUAUCCUCGUCUCGGUCGCGGGCGUCAUGUACUUCACCCUGAUGGCGAACAACCACACCGAAGAGUGGGAUCGCACCGUCGACGUCAACUGCAAGGGCCUCCUGCACUGCCUCUCCGCCACGGUCCCCGGCAUGCUGUCCCGCGGCAAGGGCCACAUCGUCGCCAUCUCGUCGGACGCCGGGCGCAAAGUGUUCCCCGGCCUGGGCGUCUACAGCGCCAGCAAGUUCUUCGUCGAAGCCACGUUGCAAAGCCUCCGGCUCGAGACGGCGGGGACCGGGUUGAGGGUCACGAGCGUGCAGCCGGGGAACGUGGCGACGGAGUUGCUGGGUUUGUCGACGGAUGAGGAGGCGUUGAAGAAGUAUGGCGAGCCGAGUGGCGCGAAGGUGCUGGAUGCGAGUGAUGUGGCCAAUGCGAUUGUUUAUGCGUUGAAGCAGCCGGAGCAUGUCGCGGUUAAUGAGGUGUUGAUUGAGCCUAGGGAUGAACCUAUUUAAGGGUGGGAGGUAGGGUGGUAAUGGGAGUAAGGUGCAUACUUGUUCGAGCUAGAUUGUUCUCGUUGCAGUGUUCUUAUAUACGUUUGUACCGGGAGUUCCGACUGGAUUCCGUUAGUGAAUGAAAAUGUUCCUCGGC